AUGAACUCAACAGUCGAACAUUGGCAAGAACAGUAUGGCAUCGCGGGAUUGUCGAGGCUUCAUGCCUGGACCUUUGCGCAAGGCACCGCCUUAGUCGCAGCUAUCCUCAUAGUGCGCUUCCUCGUCAAGCUCAUUAACCAUCGCCGCAUGUUCCAGCGCCUCCAACGACAAGGCUUGCCGAUGCCCCCUCAUGAUUUCCUGCUCGGUCAUCUAGGGCUUGCGGCUAAGAUCGCGAAAACUCUUCCAAGCGAUUUUCACGGGCACUACCUAGCGGGAGAAAUCAGGCGAGAGUAUCCUGACCUCCCGGCCGUCUUCUACCUGGAUCUGUGGCCGACCGGUCCACCAUUGAUGGUGAUAACCACAAGUCACGAUCAGGCUCGAGUGACGGCGCAUGAGCCGCAACUUCCCAAACAUGAGGGCGUGUUGGGAUUCCUGAAGCCUCUCAUCGGAAGCCACGGUCUCGUCACGAUGGAGGGAGAUGAGUGGCGGUACUGGCGGGGUGUGUUCAAUCCUGGAUUCAACGCCGCGCAUCUUGUGACUCUGGUACCAGGUCUCGUUGAAAACACGCUGGUGUUGCAUGAGAUCCUGCGAGAGAGAGCAGCUGCCGGCGAGGUCUUCUCAUUGUUUGAGACUAUGUCACGGUUGACUAUGGACAUGAGUUCUCGUUUGAACGCCCAGAGGCAGGGCUGUGAUCUUGUGUCAGCAUUUCGCAGCCAAGCCGACUGGAUACCAUCUCCCAAUGAGACAAAUCUCUUCAGAAAGUUCAACCCGAUAAGGCACUUUGUCUAUCGCUACAAUCGAUGGAGGAUGGAUAGGUAUGUCUCGAGCGAGCUGGAGACGCACUUCGCGGCAAUGCGAUCUCAGGCGCAGCUUGGAGAUUCCGGAUCCGAGAAGACAACGACAGUCCCAAGAAGAAGCAAGGCAGUCGUCGACCUGGCCCUGGAAACAUAUCUACUCUCGGAAAAGAACAAUGGAAAUGCUGGCCAGAAGAUGACUAUGGAUCCGACCUUCAAGCAAUACGCCGUCUCACAGAUGAAGCUCUUUCUCUUCGCUGGCUAUGACACGACAGCCGCCGCGGUGGUCUAUUCUAUCCAUCUCCUUUCGCUUCACCCAUCUGCCCUGUCAAGAGCGCGCCAAGAGCACAACGAUGUCUUCGGAGUCAAUAGUACCGUACAGAAGACUGGAAAUCGCAUCGCCGAGGCCCCUCAGCUCCUCAAUCGACUGGCGUAUACAUCGGCCGUUAUCAAGGAGGCUCUCCGGCUGUACCCACCCGUGUCCAGCACGCGUGCGUCUGGACCAGGCUUCACGGUAUCGGAAACUGACAAGACGAAUCUUGAAGGUUUCAUGCUUUGGGGUGUGCAUCACGCUAUCCAUCGAGCACCAGAGCACUGGGUGAGGCCGGACGAUUUCGUCCCGGAACGCUGGCUGGCCUCUCCUGGUGACGAGCUGUACCCCGCGGAUAAGGAGGCGUGGCGGCCGUUUGAGCGAGGGCCGCGAAACUGCAUCGGCCAGGAACUAGCCUUACUGGAGGUGAAAGUGAUCUUGGCUAUGGUGCUGCGGGACUUUGACUUUGCGGAUGCUUACGCCGAGUUCAACAAGACGAUGGGCAGGACAGGUCCCACAAAAGUAGCAGGGGAUCGUGCCUAUCAGAUCAUCCAUGGAAGCACUAAGCCCAACAACGGGUAUCCUUGCAGGAUCAAGCAAGCCACAAGUAUGUCUUAG